AUGGCAAGCCACAAACCAGAAAAGGAGAUACCCUUGACAGAAACGCAAUGUGUCAUGCUCGAAGCCGCUAUAGAGAGGGCCUGGAACAGCGGCGUUCGCUUGGACGACCACGAACUUCUUGUCAGGUGGCUAAAGCAGCAGGGCGUCUCGGACGACCUUCUUGACCGUAGACAUCGAGAGUUUAUAUUGACACUUGCCCUAAAAUAUGCCUGUCGAGCGAAUCGAGAUCUGGGUAGACGGGCUGCCCUGGAAUUCAAGCCGCCUACGCCGCCUAACGAUUCUUUGAACGACAUUGACCCCGAUUCCCUGCGUAACCAGGGCGGCGGUAGCGUGGAACAGGUGACUUUUGAUGAGACCGAGGAUGAGAUAACGAUCAGCAUGUCGGAGCCUCAUGGUCAAGAGUGGGAUGGCGUUUCGGCGAAAAGAUGUCAGCAGAACUCGAGUUUUAUCACAUGCGAUGUAGCUCGUCGACUUCCAGUGUACGCGACCGAGGGCGACAAAAUAAAACUGAAGCUUAAGCUGAACGGAGCCUGGGACGAUCACCGCACCUAUGUGACAGCUUUCACGGUAGUAUCGGACGACACCAUGAAUGUCGAUGUGGCCUUGGGGAGAAAUUGGAAAAAUAACGGCUCCGAUGACAUCGAAGACGCAUCUAUCCAGAGCCAGUCAGUACUAGAAGACCAAGCCGGCCGGAGCUCAGAGAGCCAGCAUUUGCAUACUGGGCCAUCAAACCGAGAUGUACUGUUAUUACACGUGGUCAAGACUUUGGGGAAGGUAGUUGACGAGGUCGCAAGGCCACAAGCGGCUUUAGACGAACUUGGUACUCCCAACCCUUCAUGGCCUGCAUCUACAGGCAACGCAUCAUCCAAUAUUCAACUCGAGAAAAGAUUUGCAGCGGAAGCUUCGUCUGGGCGACCGCAUAAGCGGAUGAUGCCGUCCCGACCUGAUGCCUAA